AUGAAGAGACACGCCAUGCAGAGUACAGAAUCGAAAAAGGCAAUGCGAAUCCAUCCAUUUUUCUCGCAGCAGCGCAAUCCUAUCACUUGGGUUCAGGAACUUCCUUCAGUGAUCAUUGCCAGAACAAACACGAGUGAAUUCAGGAGUAGCCGAAUCGCAGCCUUUGACCUUGAUGGUACCUUGAUCAAAACGAAAAGUGGCCGUGUCCACUCAAAAGAUAGUGGUGAUUGGCAAUGGUGGCACAAAGAUAUUCCAACGACUAUGCAAAGACUGCAAGAUGAUGGAUACGGGAUUGUCAUUUUCUCGAAUCAAAAUGGGCUAAAUACCGAUCAGCGCUUGAAGAGUUUCAAGACCAAGAUUCAAGAUGUACUUGGCCAGUUAUCAGUGAACAUAUGGUUCAUGGCUUCUCUGGAGAAGGACCAAUAUCGUAAACCAAUGACAGGGAUGUGGGAGUGGUUCGAAACGGUGGCAAACCAUGGCAAUACUGUUGACUUUGACAAGAGUUUCUAUGUGGGUGAUGCAGCUGGACGACCUGAUCAAUGGAAAGAAGGGCUCAAGAAAGACCAUUCUGCUGCAGACAGGAAAUUCGCAGCCAACACGGGAUUGACUUUUUAUACACCAGAAGAGUAUUUCCUAAAAGAAGCACCUGCACAAUACUCUUGGGGUUCUUUUUCUCCACAAGACUAUUUACAUCCUUUGCCCCUCUUUACACCAACGUCGUCACCCCUUGUACCAGCGAGUCCAACGAUAGAAGUGAUCGUCUUUGUCGGUUAUCCAGCAAGCGGCAAGUCCAAAUUUGCAACAACUUAUUUGACGCCGAAAGGGUAUGUGUACGUAAAUCAGGAUACGUUAAGGACCAAAGAAAAGUGUAUCGCGGCUUGUGAAAAAGCAUUGAAGGAUAAAAGACCUGUUAUCAUUGAUAAUACCAAUCCUAAUGCUGCUAGUCGAGCACCUUAUAUCAAAUUGGCGGCAGAGGCUGGCGUACCCGUACGUUGCUUCCGCUUCACUGCAGAUGAACAUUUGGCACGCCACAACAACAUGUAUCGAGCAGUACAUGACAAUGAUUCCGGUCGACAAGUUUUAAGUGAUGUUGUAUUUCGAACCUUCAAGGCACGGCUUCAGGAACCAACCCUAUCAGAAGGAUUUAAGGAGAUUAAACACAUCAACUUUAGAUUUGAUGGCUCAUCUAUAGAAAAAGCUAAAUGGUCGAAAUGGAUGAUAUAA